CUCUGUCUGUCUGUGUGUCCUCAUUACCAUACUCUAUCAUCUUCAUAGUAUACACUAUGUCUUCUUGUUGUAAAUAAGAACUUCUUCUAUUUGAAUUGAUCUACCUGAUUCAGUAAAAGGGGGUAAAUAAAUACAUGACAUUGACGUCAACAUGUGUCUGUUUCUCUCCAGAUAUCCUGCAGUAUUACCUGAGGUGCAGCAGUGGCCAAUCAAAUCCUUUCCAGCAUAAGCUGUCUGGCAGUCACAAAGCCCUGGUUGAGAUGCAAGAUGACGUGGCAGAACUCCUACAGUCAGCUAUACGGGAUUACCCCAACACCAAGGGGACUCUGGAACAGAUUCAGACUGUAUUGAACUCUACGGAGGUUGGCCUUCAUCAACUCACCGCUCUGGUCGACUGUCGCAGCCUGCACAUGGACUAUGUCCAGGCUCUAACAGGGUUGUGUUAUGAUGGAGUGGAGGGGCUGAUCUACCUGGUGCUGUUCUCCUUCGUCACAGCUCUCAUGUUCUCCUCCAUCGUCUGCAGUGUGCCACACACCUGGCAGAGCAAGAGGACGGAUGAUGAGGAUGGAGAAGACGAGUCUGCUGCCCAAGGCAUUCGGGGGGCGGGUCCUCAUGAUAACCUGUACCGCGUGCACAUGCCCAGCCUCUACAGCUGUGGUAGCAGCUACGGCAGCGAAGCUAGCAUCCCUGCUACGGCCCACACUGUCAGCAAUGCCCCUGUCACUGAGUACAUGACCCAGAACGCAAACUUUCAGACCCCCAGGUGUGAGAACACGCCUCUGAUUGGCAGGGAAUCCCCUCCACCCUCUGUAAGUGCACACUUUCUAGUACACACUAUCCCCUCCACCCUUUGUAAGUGCACACUUUCUAGUACACACUCUACUACAGUAUGCCCCUCCGAACCCUGAAGGUGUUUUACCUUCGAGGGUCGAAAUACCAUCGCAAAGGUCAUUUUGGCAGCCUGGCUUUUUUAAAUGUAAUAGAUUGUAUUCAAAACAGGUGUUUAGUCUGACAGAUCACAGAUGAAAAACAAGACAUUUUGUCCGUCUCUAAUUCUGAUGUAAACUAUGGUUAGUCUAUUCUGCAUGUCAAAUGGAACCCUAAGACUGGUCCAGUGCUGCUAACCAUUUGGUAGUACAAGACUGGGCCAGUGGUGCUAACCAUUUGGUAGUACAAGACUGGGCCAGUGGUGCUAACCAUUUGGUAGUACAAGACUGAGCCUGUGGUGCUAACCAUUUGGUAUUAUGAGACUGGGCCAGUGGUGCUAACCAUUUGGCAGUAUGAGACUGGGCCAGUGGUGCUAACCAUUUGGUAGUACACGACUGGGCCAGUGCUGCUAACCAUUUGGUAGUAGAAGACUGGGCCAGUGGUGCUAACCAUUUGGUAGUACAAGACUGGGCAAGUGCUGCUAACCAUUUGGUAGUAGAAGACUGGGCCAGUGGUGCUAACCAUUUGGUAGUAUGAGACUGGGCCAGUGGUGCUAACCAUUUGGUAGUAUGAGACUGGGCCAGUGGUGCUAACCAUUUGGUAGUACAAGACUGGGCCAGUGCUGCUAACCAUUUGGUAGUAGAAGACUGGGCCAGUGGUGCUAACCAUUUGGUAGUACAAGACUGGGCCAGUGGUGCUAACCAUUUGGUAGUACAAGA